UAAUGCAUUAGAAAAGUAUUAUUUUAGUCAACAAAUAUUUUUAACAACAUUUGAAUGUAACGUUUGGUUCAUUGAAAUCAUGAAAAGUCGUGAAUAUUAGACAUUUGAUAGACUUAUUCACACAACACAUGAAUAUACUGUUGUUGUUGUCUAUUGAAUAGGUUUUUGUGGUCAACACAUGAAACACAUGAACACUUGUCACGACCUCCGCAGCCAAAAGAAUAGGUGUUUUUAAGCCAUCAAAUCUCCAGAGAUGUUCACAUCGUAUAAGAGUCUUAUCCAAGAAGGAGACACUCUUGUGGUUUAUUUGAGUCCGCAAAACAUAUACCCGAUUCGUGUCCAAAAAGGACAAGUGUUUCAAACAAAAUACGGAGCUCUAAGACAUGACGACAUCGUUGGUAAACAAUACGGUUGUGUCCACAAGUGUUCAAAAGGAUACGUCCAUAUACUUCACAUAACACCGGAGUUAUGGACACUAACUCUUCCGCACAGAACACAGAUAUUAUACACAACUGACAUCAGUUUUAUUGUCAGUCAAUUGGAUCUAAAGCCGGGAAGUGUUGUUUGCGAGGCCGGCACUGGCAGCGGGUCGCUGUCGCACGCUAUUGGCCGUACUAUUGCACCCAAUGGCCAACUAAUUACUUACGAUUUUCACGAAGAACGAGCAUCACUGGCGAGGAAUGAGUUCGCUGACCACGGAUUAAGUGAUAUAAUAUGUGCCGAACAUCGAGAUGUGUGUACCGAUGGUUUUGGAUUUAACAAUCAUUUUGAUGCCCUCUUUCUGGAUCUACCCCAUCCAUGGGAGGCCAUCAAAGCGGCUAAAGAAGCUCUCAAAACAAAUGGUGGUCGCAUAUGCUGUUUCUCUCCGUGUAUGGAACAGGUGGGCAAGACAUGUACCGCACUAACCGACAACCACUUUGUCGACAUCGACACCUACGAGUGCCUCCUCAGGCCCUAUGAAGUCAAGUCACACUCAUUGCCUAUAUAUCAGUUUACCAACAAACAGGAAAAUUGUCAACAAAUUGAUUGCAUGAGUGAAUCCAUUGACGAUGAGGUGACAAAUGAUGACAAAUCAGCCAAAAAGUUGCGAACAGAAAGUGAUAAUAAGCCCGAAGUUGACGAUAACAGCGACAAUGUUGAGACCAAAUCCAGUGAUUAUAUGGUCACAUAUUUGCCAAACCAGAGUACAGGACAUACAGGCUUUCUGACAGUUGCCGUUAUAUAUGAUUAA